UUUUUGUUAUGGGGAAGUGUUAAUAAAUCGUUGUUGUCCAUAAACAUGUGACCACCACUGUAUUUUUUAAAUUCAAGAGAUGCGGGAAAUUUUUCUGCCCCUUUUGUUUUUUCCAUAACUUUCUCCGAUGCCACUGAAAAUUUACAAUUAUUUUUUAUUUAAUUCCCAACACUCUAAGAAAAUUUCUGAUAUUCGGGAAGUCAUCGUCUCAUCAUCGUCUCACAUUAUAAUAAAUUUAUAUACCUAUUUUUUCUAGAAAAAUUUAUUUUUAUUUUAAAAUGCAAAGAAACUUUAUUAAACUAUGCAAAGUUUGCGGGGCAAAAGAAAAUGUUUAUUAUCAUUUUGGAGUUUGUACAUGCAGGGCUUGUGGAGCUUUCUUCAGGCAUUUUUUAUUUUUCUUAAAAGAACCCUUUCGUAUUUUUAAAAGCAAAAGAUGGAAGAGAUAA